AGCAUCACCCUCAUUCUCUUAAGCCAAUACGUUCUUCUUUUGCAGAAAUCCCAGUUCUUAAUAUUCUCUUAGAUCUUCCUUCAGAGUUAACAUUAGAUUGAUAGUAAGUUCAGCUAAUGGCGAAGAAGAAGAGGUCUUCUACUACGCCUUCGGAAAUUCCAGAAAACAAACAAGAACCGGUCCCAGAGAAGAAGAAUAAGAAGCAGUCUCCGGCUCCUAAUAAGGCUGGUAACGAAAUCGACGAGAUUUUUGCAGGCAUGAAAAGGAAGAAAACCGAGCCAAAAUCCACGGAGAAACCAAACGGCGAAGAGAAAUCUAAACCCAAAUCGUCGAAGAAGAAAAGGAGCACAGAGAGUAAAGAAAACAGGGAUGAAGGUUUCAGUGAAUCUUCUUCUCGGCCUCGAAGGAAAACAGCCGAUGGUUUUACAAUCUACACCGAAGAAGAAUUGGGUAUUGGUAAAUCUGAUGCUGGGAACACACCGCUUUGCCCAUUUGAUUGUGACUGUUGUUUUUGAUAAUGCUAUUUUGUGUUAAUUCGAAUCUUCCGAAUUUCUGAUUUUUCUAGGGUUUCGAGGUCUGAUUGUUGUAUUAUAAGUCUUGAUUUUUCUACAUGGAAUCCAUUUUGGUACUU